AUGGGAACCUUAGGGAAAAGGAAAGAAAAACAGAAUCCUGCCCAAGCAUACAGCACUGCCCCUGAACCAGCACUGGAGCUGAAGCAGAUCAGUCAUUGUCUCAGCAUCUCAAAUCUCACCCAGGUCACCAUGGUGCCCUUGGGGCACUUAGCCAAAGGAGCCACCUUGGAAGAUUUGCUGGAAACCUGCAUCCAGUCUUUUGAUUUAGACGGAAAUGCUUAUCAAAACAACCAGCUGCUGAAGAUCAUUCUGGCCAUGCACCAGCUGAUCAUCUCCUCUGCAGACAUGCUUCACAAACUCAUGGAUCUAUACCUCCAUGCUUUGGAGAAGAAAUCUUCCAUGCUGUGUGUGAAGAUUUGCUACUUUGUGAGGUACUGGAUUACAGAGUUUUGGGUUAUGUUCAAAAUGGACUCAAAGCUCUCCACAACCAUGGAGGAAUUUCAGCAGCUGGUGAAAGCCAAUGGUGAGGAGCUCCACUGUCACCUGAUUGACACAACUCAAAUAAAUUCCAGGGACUGGUCUAGAAAGCUGACACAGCGUGUCAAGGCCAACAGCAGUAAGAAAAGGAAAGUCUCCCUUCUCUUUGAUCACCUGGAGCCAGAGGAGCUGUCAGACCACCUUACCUACCUGGAAUUUAAGUCUUUCAGGAGAAUAUCAUUCUCAGAUUAUCAGAACUACAUUGUGAACAGCUCUGUGAAGGAGAACCCAACCAUGGAGAGGUCGAUAGCUCUGUGCAAUGGCAUCUCCCAGUGGGUGCAGCUGAUGGUCCUCAGCAGGCCAACCCCACAGCUUCGGGCUGAAGUCUUCAUCAAGUUCAUUCAUGUGGCACAGAAGCUCCACCAGCUGCAGAACUUCAAUACAUUGAUGGCAGUGAUAGGAGGCCUCUGUCACAGUUCCAUUUCCAGACUGAAGGAGACAAGCUCCUGUGUUCCUCAUGAUGUAAUCAAGGUAUUUAAUGACAUGACAGAACUGCUCUCAUCCUACAGGAACUACGACAGCUACCGACGAGCCUACAGCGAGUGCACCAACUUCAAGAUCCCCAUCCUUGGGGUCCACCUGAAAGACUUGAUAUCACUUUAUGAGGGCAUGCCAGACUACUUGGAGGACAAAAAAAUUAACAUCUACAAACUCUACUCUCUCUACAACCACAUCAAUGAGCUGGUACAGCUCCAGGAGAUGCCACUUCCUCUGGAGGCUAAUAUGGACCUGGUUCAUUUGCUUACACUGUCCCUUGACCUUUACUACACCGAGGAUGAAAUCUAUGAGCUGUCCUACGCGCGAGAGCCACGGAGCCACCGUGCUGCUCCUAUGACACCUUCCAGACCACCUGUAGUUGCAGACUGGGCCUCAGGAGUAGCCCCCAAGCCUGAUCCAAAGACCAUCAGCAAGCACGUUCAGAGGAUGGUAGAUUCUGUCUUCAAAAACUAUGACCAUGACCAGGAUGGAUACAUCUCCCAGGAGGAGUUUGAGAAGAUAGCUGCCAGUUUUCCAUUCUCAUUCUGUGUAAUGGCUAAGGACUGGGAAGGGCUGAUCAGCAGGGAUGAAAUCACAGCUUACUUCAUGAGGGCCAGCUCCAUCUAUUCCAAGCUGGGACUUGGCUUUGCUCACAACUUUCAAGAGACCACUUACCUAAGGCCUACUUUCUGUGACAACUGUGCUGGAUUUCUGUGGGGAGUCAUUAAGCAAGGAUACAGAUGCAAAGACUGUGGAAUGAACUGUCACAAGCAGUGCAAGGACCUGAUUGUGAUAGAGUGCAAGAGGAGAUCCAAAACUUCAGUCGCAGACAGCAGCCCAACAUCUGCUCUUGCUUCAAGCCUCUGCCCAGUAGGAGUCAAGGAACAAUUCCAUGGACAAGAAGAAGGAGCAUUCCCAUUUCCCAAUGGAGAAGUGGUGGAACACAACGAAGACACCAAGGACCGAACCAUUAUGCUCAUGGGCUCCUCAGCUCAGAAGAUCUCCGUGAGGCUGAAACCAGCUGUGGUCCACAAAAGCACCCAGACUGAGCUCAUCCUGCUGGCUGCUGCUGCUACUUCUCGUAGGCAGGCAGAGAAGAAGGAACACAGGGGGCCAGAAAAUCCUCCCCACCUGCAGGCUGCUCCCCCAUCCCCCUGGCCAAGCCCCCUCCUGGGCCGCAGGAAGGCCUAUGUUAAAUGGGAGAACAAGGACUGCAGCCACAGGGCAAAGGAGGAGCAGCCCAGCUCCAAGCCCUCCUACCAAGAACUCGAGCAGGAAAGAAACACUCUGAAGGCAGUCAAUGAAGGCUUAAAGCUCCAGCUGGAACAGGCACACAAAACAAUUGAAUCUCUCACAAUCCAGAGGAGAAACCAUGUAGUCCACAACCUGCAACACAGAGACUGCUCGUAG